AUGGAGGCGGUGGCGGCCGCCGCGGCCAGGCUGGAGACGCUGCAGUUCGGCGGGGCGGGGGCGGGGGCGGGGGCGGGGGCGGGCCCCGGGACCCCCGAAGCCCCCGCCCCCCUCAUCCCGGGCUCCCCGGAGCCCCCCAGCCCGGAGCCCCCUGCCCGCCCCGACCCCCUUUUCCCGGCCCCCGCCGAGCCUCCUUUCCCGGCCCCUGCCCCCGUCCCGCCCCCGGAGCCCCUUCUGCCGGCCCCCGUUCCCCCCGCUCCGCAGCCCCCCACCCCGGGAUCCCGAGGGCCCCUUGGCGCGGCCCCGGCUCCCCCGGAGCCCCUUUUCCCGGCCUCUGCCCCUGGCCCCGCCCGCCCCGAGCCCGUUUUCCCGGCCUCUGCCGCCGUCCCGGCCCGCCCCGACCCCCCUGAGCCCCUCCUUUUCCCGGGCCCUGCCGCCCCCCCGGCCCCGGCCCCCCCGGAGCCCCCUUUCCCGGCCCCGGAGCCCCCCUUCCCGGCCCCGGCUCCGCAGCCCCUUAGCCCGGGAUCCCCCGGCCCCCCUUGCUCGGCCCCGGCCCCGGCCCCGGCCCGGCCGGAUCCCCCUGUCCCGGGCUCGGCCCGUGCCCCGGGCCCCCCGGAGCCCCCCCUUCUCCCGACCGCCGUUCCCCCGUUAGGGCAGCCCCCGCCCCCGGGACCUUUCGGGCCCCCUUUCGCGGCCCCGGCCCGGCCCGAUGCCCUUUUCCCGGAGCCCCCUGUCCCGGGCUCCGCCGAUCCCCGGCCCCCCACCCCGGGCUCAUUUGGUGACCAAAAUAACAUCCCAGGGAUGCCAGAGAAAUCCCUGCUGCCGUUGCCUCGGGGCCCUGAGAAACGGAAGAUGUGUGCUCAGUUUCUCAGUGUGCACGGCAGUGAUAUUGAUGACUACCCACAGUGCACAAAUAAACGUUAUGUGGUGAUGAUGGAGAUGGAAUCCUUUGCCGGGAACAACGGAAUAAGCCCCCAGGAGAGAACCUUCAAGAAGGAAUUGAUUAUAGCGAUAAGUUUGUGUAGCGCCGAUCACACGCUCUCCUCCCUCCUGGUCAGGGAAAACUUGUAUUCUAGAACCUGCGCCUUGAUCGAUGCACGUGCUCACAACCGUUUCGUCCAGGAUCGUGGCGUGUUCCGUCCAGAUACUGACACAGAUUCAGAUAGUUCAUCCUCCUCUUCCUCCUCCUCUUCCACCUCUUCGUCAUCUCUAUCACUUCCACCAGUGGUGUCGGAUGGGGAAGACGAUCUACAAGCUGAAAAGGAUAAUAAAGCAUGUCCUCUUAAAACAAAAGAUGAACUGCUUCUUGAAGAGCUGCCUUCUGUUGAAGAGCUGACUAUAAUUUUGCCUGAAGAGGUUGAACUGAAACCUUUUGGGGUGGUUUCAAGCAUAAUUGAACAGUUGGUAAUUAUUGAGUCCCUAACUGACCUACCUCCAAUUAAUGAAGAGAGUAUCAUUUUUAAAGGAGACCGGCAUGCAGCUGGAAAGAUAUUUGAGAUAUUUGGUCCUGUUUCACAUCCAUUUUAUGUGUUACGCUUUAACUCUUCAGAACACAUUGAAAAAAAGUCUAUUAAACUAAAGGAUACGAUGUAUUUUGCACCAUCAAUGGAAGACUUCACUCAGUACAUAUUCACAGAGAAAUUAAAGCAAGAUAGAGGAUCUGAUGCAUCAUGGAAGAAUGAUCAAGAGCCACCUCCAGAAGCUCUGGAUUUCAGUGAUGAUGAAAAAGAGAAAGAAGCAAAACAGAAGAAAAAAUCCCAGUCCCAAGGAAGAAAAAAACUGAAACCUGAAUCAAAUGAUCCAGGUGGAAAUUAUGGAGACGUGCGCCAACACUGGUCUGCUCAACGCCUGUUUUCAGAACACCCAAGAGGAUACCAAAACAGAGAGUUCACGCGGGGCUUUCCGAGGGCUAGAUAUCCUCAGGCCUGCUAUCCAAGGCCAGCUCCUCAACAGUACUUCUCUUCCCAACACAUUGUUUCUCAUGAAUCUUCUUUAGCAUUUCUCCCGCCUCCUCCUCCUCCUCCUCCUCCUCCUGACAGUCCCAUUAUGCCACCGUACCCUUUCCCUCCUCCGGUAUUUGACCUGCAUCAUUUUCCGCCUCCCCCUCCUCCCCCACCUCCACACUUAAACAUGAGUUGGCCGGUGCCUGAUAUGACCGCUCCUCACUCAAACAGCUCUGCUUAUUCCCAGUUUCCCCCUCCGCCCCCACCCCCACCACCUCCUCCUUCUCAAGGUGGGCAUUCCUCACAAUUCACUCCUUAUUAUUAAGCGAAUCAUCAUUUUCAUCAUUCCUGCAUUGAGAGCUGCGUUUCCUAACCAAGAGAUAUAUACUACUACAUAUCUCUACUUAUAGUUGUACCUACACAGCGUAUAGUAGCAUGUAACGGUGAUUCAUGGACUACUAUAUGGAACUGUUUCGGGGCAAAGUGAAGCGGGAGGUAACUUUGUGUAGAACUUGAUAAAGAAUAAACAGCCCAACUGUGACUUUUCAUUUAUUGAGUGCUUUCCGUGUGCGGAACCCUUAGGAAAGUACAAUACAGUAGAGUUGGUACACGUGGUUCCUUCCCACAAGGAUUACGUACUAGAGAGAAGAAAAUGCAGUGAGGAAAAUAACACAACACGGUCUCAAGCAAAAAUCCAAUUGGGCAUAGUCUGCUCCAUUUACUAAGCUAUGAUUCAAAAUUCUUUAGCAGCGUUUGCUUCAGAAGAGGUGCCUGGGUUUUCUUCAGGGAUUUAAAGUUUAAUUGAAUACAUAUCAAUUCAAUGUAUGUCGUAAUAUUUUUGUACGUUCAACAAAUGGAGAUUUCAGACUUAUUAAAUAAACAAUAUUUUUAUAAACUAUAA